AUGGAAUCACCACUGCGCUUCAAGUCUGUGUCUUUAUCACCUUUCAAAUCUGUGUCGACAUCGCCUUCCAAGAGACGGCGUUCCGUGCUUCUUGAUAGGAGUGUCAACAUACAGAAUACGACCGAGGGUAGCGUCUCGAGUUGCUCCUCGAAAUCCGGUUCGCCACAGAAGCGGACAGUGGAUUUUUGGGGGACGAACAGUAGCAAUGUGAGUCCGCUCAGGCGAAAACUAAACUUUUCGGGACCCUCGCGGUCGUGUACUCCAUCCCCCAGGAAGAUGACCACGCCGCUCCAACGGUUCACGUUUUUUGAGGAGUCCGAUGAUGUAAGACAGGAUGUUAUAAGAGAUCAGAGGAAACUUCAACAGCUCCACUUUCAUGAUAACAAGGAAAAUUUCAAUAAUGACUCGGUCCCCAACAAAAAGUUACCUCUUCGCUCUACAGUUCUUCAAGAGAUAUCUUUAGACUCGGAUGGGGAGCCAAGUGUCACACCAGCGGCGGAUGACGAAUAG